AUGAUGGAUGAGAAGGUCAAACAGCACUAUUUGGCUGACUCACCUCCUACGGUGGUUCGCCUUGAGAUCAAACACCACUUUGACAAUCUCAAGGAUGCAAAGCUGAGACGAUAUGCGCACUACAUAAGCAGAGCGGCAUUUGAAGGCACUCGCGUUACUUUGCGCCAGGUUUCCCCCGAGUCUGAACCGAUCUACGAUCUUAUAAUCGCACUCUACCACGCCUGUGAUGGAAACUGGACUGACCUCGCUAAAACGACCAAUGUAAGCGACGAGAAUUUGCGUUAUUUCUUGGAGUAUUCGGUCCAGUUUCUCGGGAAUUGCGGGAACUAUAAAGGUUUUGGUGACUCCAAGUUCAUUCCUCGACUACCUGUGGAAGCCUUUCAAGCGUUGGCCUCAUCCACCUCAGAAACAAAAGCAGCAUUUGAGAAAGCCAAUAGGACUGGAGGUGGUAUUUAUGAGACAAAAGAGCAGGCGCUUAUGCACCUUGGUUAUACAGAUGGUGGCCAUAUGACUACUUAUUACCCUGAUUCGCCAUCCAUAACGAAAGAUGAGAUCACAGCUAUUGGCGACCUUAUGGAGAAAAAAGGGCUACCUCUGGAGAAUACAAGACUAAAGAAGUUGCCAUCCGGGGACUUUGAGUUGUUAAUUGCCUCGGGCGUUUCUUCUCCUCCUGUGAGGGACAGAGAUCUUGGUGAAGUCGACGCUUUAGACCUGGAUGGUAACUUGACUGGAAAGAAGUUGCGCCUGGUUUUUGGUGAUCAUAUAGAGGAAAUGGCAAAGAUUGCCCAUUCGCUUAAGCAAGCGGGACUCAAUGCAGCAAACGACAACCAGAAACGGAUGUUAGAUGCAUAUGCCUUGUCAUUUGGUGCCGGCUCAAUUGAAGCCUUCAAAGAAAGCCAGCGGAUCUGGGUGAAGGACCAAAAGCCAAGUCUGGAGACCAAUAUAGGGUUUGUAGAGACUUAUCGAGACCCGCAUGGAGUGCGAGGAGAAUGGGAAGGCUUCGUUGCUUUGGUUAAUCUAGAACGUACCCGAGCAUUCGGAAAACUGGUGGAUAGUGCAGAGAGCAUGAUUCCCAAGCUUCCAUGGGGCAAAGAUUUUGAAAAGGACAAGUUUCUCAGCCCAGACUUCACCUCGCUGGAAGUCUUGAGCUUUCAAUCUUCCGGCAUACCUGCUGGCAUCAACCUUCCCAACUAUGACGAUAUCCGUCAAAACCUAGGUUUCAAGAACGUAUCUCUUGGAAAUGUGCUUAGCGCUAAAGCCCCUAAUGAGCCAGUUCCCUUUAUUGCCGAGAAGGAUUUGGAGGUUUAUCGCAGAUGCCGUGACCCCGCUUUUGAAGUCCAGGUAGGCAUCCAUGAACUUCUCGGGCAUGGAACUGGCAAGCUUCUCCAGGAGACCGCCCCAGGGGAGUAUAACUUCGAUAUUUCCAACCCUCCUGUGAGUCCAAUCACGGGAAAACCGGUAUCUACAUGGUACAAGCCUGGCCAGACCUGGAGCUCGGUUUUCGGAGCCAUCGCUUCUUCUUACGAGGAGUGCCGCGCAGAGUGCGUCGCUAUGGUGCUCAGUUGCGACUUUCACAUCCUGAAGAUUUUUGGGUUCGGUAACGGACAAGAAGAUCUCACCAACGAGGCCGGGGAUGUCUUGUUCGCAGCAUAUCUGCAGAUGGCUCGUGCAGGCCUGGUCGCCUUGGAGUUCUGGGACCCCAAAACUCAGAAAUGGGGGCAAGCCCAUAUGCAAGCCCGUUAUAGCAUUCUGCGAUCAUUCCUUGAUGCCGGUGACGAUUUCGUCAAACUUUUCUAUACCAAAGAAGAUCUCUCUGAUUUGGAGAUUCAUCUGGACCGAUCGAAGAUUCUGACACACGGGCGUCCAGCCGUGGAGAAAUAUCUGCAAAAGUUGCAUGUCUACAAGAGUACUGCGGACUUUGAAGCAGGUAAGAAGCUCUAUGAUGAUAUCACGUCGGUCGAUGAGUGGUGGGGGACCAAAGUUCGUGAGGUUGUUCUUCAGAACAAGGUCCCACGUAAAGUGUUUGUCCAGGGCAACACCAUCCUAGAUGGGGAUGAAGUGACCCUUAAAGAAUAUGAGCCGACGCUUGAGGGAAUGAUCCAGAGCUUUGUUGAACGCAAUGUUACAGUUCCCGAAUCAGAGCCGGCUUUCGUCUCGCCGUUCACAUCUCCAUCCUCCGAAGAAGAACCACCGAAUUCAGAUUCCUCAUCAUCCGUGAUCGCAGAGUCCAAAGAUACCUUUUCCAGGGAUCCCAAAGAGUAUUCUCCGGGAAGGUCAGCGGAAGAGGGAGAACCUCCUCCCCCGUACACCGAAGGUUCGAGCCCCAUAAACUCAUUCACCUACGUUAUGGCUACGGCAGGAGGCGCGUCGAGUAUCAUCACUCAAGUACAACAGGCGGGUGGACCACCAAUAAACACUUUAGGAGACAUCGGAGGCGAUGAACAUAUAACUCUGGACCUCAGAGGAACAAGGUUCACACUCUCUCGGGAUGAACUGUUAACACUGCCGGAGUUUGUCCUUUUAUCGCUGUUUCCGAAUGGUUUACUUCCAGAUGGACACAUGGGCACCUUUCACGAAGGUGAUAUUUACCCCGUCGAUUAUGAUCCGGUGUCUCUCCAGUACAUGCUUGACUUCUUCCGCUCCGUCGCUCAAUCCAUCCCGUCAUCUCCUACAGCCUCGACAUCGCAAGACCUAGACGUAUCCCCCGACUCCAUGCAAGGAUCGACCAGAGACAUGCUCCAGGACCGGGCAGGGAUCAUCGUGCUGCGGGAAGACCUUGAUUUUUAUGCAAUUCCUCCACGGCCGGAUAUCGAUCACACGGAAAUGAUCGAGGUCAAGCGUGCAGCUGCAAGAGCGCUACUGAAACAAGACGGGAUCUUCUCUGGAUUAAGGAAGAGCGAUGAGGCUGGUUCAACAGAGCAGCACUUGAUCGAGAUGCUGACUGCAGGCGGCUUUGAUCGUGAUGAUCGGUGGGGUCACCGUGCCCCAGAGCCCAACAAGGCAGUUAUCUGUAGCCUCGCAUUGGCUAAACUCCGUACUGAUAUCAGGGGUGACAUCCCCAAUAACAACGCAGUUGGCAUGGCCCAAAAACUCCUCUUAUUUUGGAGAAAACCUGCUAGAAGAUGCUGGUGGGAGGGUGUUGAGUUGGAGAAUAUCGAAGGCGUUCAAGGCAAGGUGAAAAUCUGGAUUCGCAGAGUAUGGACUUUAGAAAUGAGUGUAAUUGGGCUUCGAUAA